AUGGAAGGUUUGUCGGCGAAGUUAAAUGAUUUACCUGAUGAGAUUCUUCUUCUUAUUUUUAAAAAAUUGGACAAUAUUGAAGUGCUCUACUCAUUCAUAGGUGUUAAUAAACGAUUUAAUAAACUUGUACAUGAUUCAAUUUUCACGAAUCAUUUAACAAUGACAAGAUGUUCUUCUAAUGGUUCAUUUGAUCGAUUAGAUAACCAAAUACUUGCGAGAUUUUGUUCACAAAUUUUACCUUCGAUUCAUCACAAAAUCAAAUGGUUGGAUAUUGAAUCCUCAUUUAUAGAAGAUGUUUUUCUUUGUACAAGUUAUCCCAAUUUAUGUGGACUUGGUUUACAUAAUAUCGAGAAGGACAUUGCAUUACGUAUCUUUACUGGUGAGAGAUUUUUUUUUCAAUCAUUAAUAUUUCAAAAAUAUAGAUAA